AUGGCGAGGAGCGAGCUGAGGUGCCUGCAGGACGCGGAGCGCCCCGACGCACACCACGGCAGCGCAACUCCGAUGGGACGUGGCGCAGGAGCCGAGUCGGCGGCCAAGGGAUGUGCCAACGACUACAUCGUGUGCAAGAGCUGCGGCGAGUGGUGGUGGAGCUCACGCUUGGAAGGCAUGAACCACCAGUGCACGUGCUGCGCCUUCCUCCCGAAGCCGAAGACGGACAAGAGUGGCAAGGGCAGCGACGCCCUGGCGUUCGGAGGAGGAGGACGGCGAGGCAGUGGCGCGGGCAAGAGCAAGGCCAAAGGCGCCGAGCAGGUCACCCAGGCUCCGCAGCUGCUCGCGGAUUUGCUCGAGGCGCUCAACCUCCACAACGGCGGCGCCUUCGCCCGCGCGUUGCAGGGAGCUGCCUCGGCGAUCCAAGCCGCGGUGCCCGAGCCGUCGCCGAAAUCAAGGGCGGAGCGGCUCGGCGGCACGGCCAAGGCGCUGCAGGUGGCCAACCUGAGCUACUCGAUGGCGUUCGCGGCGAAGCAGAAUGCUGAGGAGGUGGCAGCAGCGGCCAGGACGAAGCUUGAGGCCGAUGCAGCAGAGGGCAUCCUGGAACCACUGGUCGACGGCGAGGUGCAGGACCUUGCUGCGGGACAGCUGGCAGCGAACAUUGAUUGUGAGUUCGACUUGUCCGCGCGCGGCCUGGACGAAGAGGGCCGAGCCGAAAUAGAGGUGGCCAAGAGAGCAGUUGUGGCACACAUGAAGGAGAACGCACAGACCUUCUCGACUCAGCCGAAGGACCACCUGGCAACAGCGAAGCUCAAGGCAGCAGAGCAGCAGGCGCCCGGGGCCCGCCGAUCAGGAGGCGGCGCCGACGGGCCCCCCGAGCGCGCGCUGUUCUGCGCCAGCCUCCAGCGCUGGGGACCCACGGCGAAGCCGUGGAUGGCCAAGCAGAAGCUGGGCCAGGGGUGCGUUGCCCACGCGUUCCAGGAGACGCGCGUGGGCGCCAGCGAGUCAGAGGUCACGGAGUGCGAACUUGUAUACUUGGGGUACAAGGCGGCGUCGAUCACGGUGAUCAGCCUCUACUUGGACGCGGGGGCGCCGCCGCGGGAUGGCAUCAACGCCCGCGAGGUGACGGCGCUGGCUGCGUUUCUGAAGGGGCCCAGCGGCGCGUGGGUUGUAUGCGGCGGCUUCAACUAG